UUACAGCUAAUCAAUUAGCUAAGCUUUGAAUCUGGAAUUUACCAUGAACUCUGUUCAACUGUUACUUAACGAAGACAAACAUUCCUGGCAAUUAGUCCAAGUUUGGCCUGGCCGUAAGUCUCCUCUCAAGCAGGCAUGGUAUUAACUGCUCCAACCGUCUGUGAUUUAAGCCUGGACAAAGCCGAGAGCGGAUUUUGUGCCCUGACAGUAGCCAAGUGUCCUCAGACCUGCAACAUGGCUAUGAACAGUCCAGGAUCACCGACACAGGACGAAAUGAGGGAUAAUACAACGAAUCAGUCGAAGAUGAAUGUGGCUGUGAGUGAAUCCAGCUCCAUCCACAGCGACAGACUGUACAGCAUCGCCAGAGAACUUUCUGGAAUGGGCCUCGAUGCGUUUGACUACAUGGAGGAGAGUUCACACUCGGUGGUCAACAACUUCUUGGACGGCAUGGCGCCCGAGCCAGGCAAAGGGCUGUACUUUGCUGACGGGAAGAGGAAGGUGGACUAUGUGCUGGUGUACCGGGUAACGUCAGUGGUUCAGGACUCUCCAGGACAGCACCGGCUCUCGGUCAUCUCCAACGGCAGCUUCCCCCGAGCAGGGAGCAAAGAGGCUGAAGCGGUGAAGGAGGACAAUGCUGAGGUCGUGGUGGACAUGGGACCGACCGAUCCGGCCGAGUGCGACAAGCUCAGGAUCCGAGAUGAGUUUGAGACCCACCUGAGAGAAGCAGGACUGCACAUCGAACGUGACAACGAGCACAAGGUCUAUGGCCAGGGAUUUGUCCGGCUACAUGCCCCUUGGCAGGUGCUAAGCAGAGAGGCAGAGUUUCUCAAGAUCAAGGUGCCCACCAAAAAGAGCUAUGAGCUGAAAGAAGAGAAAGGUCUGUCAGCAACUAUGAGCACAGUGUGGAGGAAGUUGAACCAGCCAUUUCAACCCAACAUCCCUCACCUGCAGCAGCAAAGCCGCACGAAGUUCCUCUCUCACAGCUUCUCCCGGGACAAGCUCCAUCUGUACAACAUCGAGUGCAAGGACACCUUCUUCGACAAUGCCACAAGGAGUCGAAUUGUGUAUGAAAUCCUUAGACGCACUGCCUGCACACGGACCUGCCAAACCAUGGGCAUCACUACAUUAAUAGCUAAAGGGGUGUAUGACUCUGCCUUCCCUCUGCAUGAUGGAGACUUCAAGGACUCUAGGCAAGCAGAAGAGAAGAAUGAGAGACAGCUGUUACAUGAUGAAUGGGCAAGAUAUGGAGCAUUUUACAAAUAUCAGCCUGUUGAUCUUAUCAGAAAAUACUUUGGGGAGAAAAUCGGCCUCUACUUUGCCUGGCUUGGCGUUUACACUCAGCUUUUGGCCUUGGCGUCUGUGGUAGGCAUCAUCGUGUUCCUGUACGGCUGUUUCACCAUCGACUCCAAUGUUCCUAGUCUGGAGAUGUGUGACGAGAAACAGAACUUCACUAUGUGCCCUCUUUGUGAUCGUGUCUGCGAUUAUUGGCACCUGAGCACAGCCUGUGGCACUGCCCGCGCCAGCCACCUCUUUGACAACCCAGCCACUGUCUUCUUUGCCAUCUUCAUGUCCCUCUGGGCGGUAAUGUUUCUGGAGCACUGGAAACGCAGGCAAAACAGUUUGAACUACAGUUGGAAUAUGACGGGAAUGGAGGAAGAAGAGGAGCAUCCCAGGCCCAAAUAUGAAACAUUACUCCUUCAGAAGAGACAGAGGAAGAGGAGAAACAGAAAGAAGAACAAAAACGAGCCUCAGAAAAGUGUGGAGGAGAGCAGCGAUCCAGGCAAGGACAAAUGGAGACAGUGGUUGCUGUCUGCCAUGGCUGCAGGGAACCCGCCUGGAGAUGAGAGACUUACAUGGAAGGACAGAUUGCCUGGCUAUUUCAUUAAUGUCUCCUCUGUUCUACUAAUGUUUGGUGUAACUUUUGCUGCUGUGUUUGCGGUGAUUAUGUACCGCAUAACCGUCUCUGCCACGCUGGCCAUGAGUCCUGACCCCCAGAUCAAAGCCAGUGUGCGAGUGACCGUCACAGCCACAGCUGUCAUCAUCAACCUAGUUGUCAUCCUCAUCCUGGACGAGAUCUAUGGCUCCGUGGCUGCCUGGCUAACAGAGCUGGAGAUUCCAAAGACAGAGACCGGCUUUGAGGAGCGUCUGAUUCUGAAGGCCUUCCUCCUAAAGUUUAUGAAUGCUUAUGCCCCCAUUUUCUAUGUAGCUUUCUUCAAAGGAAGGUUUGCAGGCCGGCCUGGAGAAUACGUUUAUGUUUUCAACCAGUAUCGCAUGGAAGAGUGUGCCCCUGGUGGUUGUCUUAUUGAGUUAUGUAUUCAGCUCAGCAUCAUCAUGUUGGGAAAACAGCUCAUUCAGAACAAUAUCUUUGAGAUUGGCGUCCCGAAGCUGAAGAAGCUGUUCCGCUCCCUGAAGGAAAAGAAGCGAGCUCCUGAAGUGCAUGUGGAACAGACAGGUCGUACUCUGCGUCAGUGGCACCUGGACUAUGACCUAGAGCCGUUUGAUGGCCUCACACCUGAAUACAUGGAGAUGAUCAUCCAGUUUGGCUUUGUCUCCCUCUUUGUGGCCUCCUUUCCUCUGGCUCCUCUUUUUGCUCUCUUGAACAACGUCAUUGAGAUCCGACUGGACGCUAAGAAGUUCGUCACUGAGCUACGCAGACCGGAUGCCGUGAGAGCACAAGAUAUUGGAAUCUGGUACAAUAUACUAAACGGCUUGGGCAAGUUUUCAGUUCUCAUCAAUGCUUUUGUCAUCUCCUUUACAUCAGACUUCAUCCCACGACUGGUUUAUCAGUACAUGUACAGUGAGACUGGCACCAUGCAUGGCUUCAUCGACCACACAUUGUCUUACUUCAAUGUCAGUGAUUUUCAACCAGGCACAGCACCUGCUGGCUCCACUAUCACAGUGUGCCGGUAUAAGGAUUACAGGGAGCCACCCUGGUCUUCACAGCCCUACCAGUUCUCCAAACAGUAUUGGUCAAUCCUAGCAGCUCGACUGGGAUUCGUAAUACUGUUCCAGAACCUGGUAAUGUUCUUAGGCCUCCUGGUGGCCUGGGUGAUCCCAGAUGUGCCCAAGAACAUCAGCGAGCAGAUUAAGAGGGAAAAGACCCUGCUUGUAGAUGUCUUCAUGAAGGAGGAAAAGGAGAAGCUUCAGCUCAUCCACAGCCUUUUCUCAAAAGAAUCAGGCCAGUUGCUGCUGCAGGAGCCCAGGAAGCAGGUGCAGACAGUCUCUGAGCCCCAGGCUCCCUUGCCCAACCUCACCCAAGCUGAAGAUACCACUGCUGCUUCCCGUCCCCGUACCCGCGCACGUGCAGCCAGCUUUAGCCAAUUUACCCGCCAGGCCUCCAUGUUGCCCCAUCAUGAUGGGGGCACACAGACAGCAGUGUGAACUGGGCAAGGAGGGGUCGGCAAGAGGGGUUAGCCGGCCAUGAGAUCUUCAGAGUGCCCAUACUCAGAAUGGAGGACUAGCAGAGGACAGAGGGUAGGGCUAAGCUUUCCACUGAGUUCUUGAGGUGAAUUAGAACCGUCCAUACAGUGGUUCUCACUGGAGCUAACGCAAGAGAGAUCAUUAUAUAUCUAUCUCUGUACUGUAUGUCUGAGCAUAUGUCCACAGGCAGCGUGUUUUGAUUGCUUUUAAAGCUGUGAUGUAUCCACACAGUCCGCAGAGGCGAUCUCAUCCUGGCCUCUAAGCCAAGGCUUCAUAGGACCGCUUGCCAUAGGACCUCAUCCCAUGCACAGCAUAACUGGUUGAGAGCACAGACACUGGAAUGAAAGACCAGGAAUCUCAUCCAUGGGGCCUCUCGCACAUUUUUCCCCCAUCUGUUCUUAAGCUAAGAGGAAGAUAUUUUUUGACAGGACUCAAAAACUAAUGUUCACAUCUGGUCCAUGCUUACUGAACGAUUUGUGAAACUGCACAAACCCAAGCUGCUUUGCGAAUUUUAUGAAAUGUAGCGUAUCACAGCAAAUAAUUAUUCCCUUUCAUUUUCUCAGGUAACACCAUCACUGUAGGCUUUAUUUGUUUAUCUGAAUAAUGUUAAAUCUCUUUGUUUAUUAGAGACUAUGAAACUUGUUUGUUAAUAAGGGAUAAGGAACAUGAACUACAUUAUUGCACAAAUUGUAUUGUACAAAAACAAUACAUAAAACUUGAUGGGUGUCAAAAUUGUUACAGAUCUCUUUCUUUAAAGAUGGAACUCUUCACAAAGUGAAUUGUUUAGAUUUGUCAUAAGUAAACUAGAUGAUAAGGCUGUCUCCGAGGUAUGUGUUACCAGGUAAGGUUUUGUUUCUGCUUAGGGUCAACUAAUAAGCCGUUUCACUUUUACAACUCAUUAUUUAAGAUUAUUGUUUUUUUGUAAAUCAACUUGUGUUGUAUGUAUUAGUUGCAAUGUCUCACUUGGAAAAGGCCAGUCAAUAGUGAUUAUGCACUGAGAAGUCAGAUACAUGAGCCAAGAUAAUGUCAACCAUAUGUAGAGCAUAUACAGCUGGAUGUAUGGAAUUGAAAUCUCAAUCUAUAUUAAAGUUUAGACAUUUAUCUAAUCUCUUCUAAGUUCUUACAGAUCAUGUGUAGUCUCCUUUUGAUCCAAUAUUCAAAGUCUGCAGUUUAGCAUUUCUUCCAUGUUUCCAUGACUAUCGCACAGUUCUCUGCUUUUUGGUGAAACCCAUUAUUCACCCACAAGAUUGGACACCAUCAGCCAGGGACUAAAUAGCACAUAGUGGGAGGCUGAGAAAGGAAGACCAACAUCUGUCUGUCUCACUCUCUUUUCCUCAAAUGACUCAUUGGGUUUCUAUGUUGGCAGUGCACUGUGUUCUCUUGCUCUACGGGCAUGGACAGUGCCUGCCUGACUGUAUUCUUGACUGUCCAUAGUAGGGCAAGAGAUCAUUUUCCCCUUUUAUAAAUUAUUUGUCAAUUUAAGCAAACUUAAUUUUCAUAUCACCUCAUGCAGCAAUGUGAAUUUUUUUAUUCAUUAAUCAGUUUCCAUAGCUAAGAGAAAGAACUGUAUACAUGAGUGCCAUUCUAUGACUGUCAUACAAUAGUUUCAAAUUACAACAAACCAAGAUGGUUGUGAAGAAAUGACCCUGUACAUAAAAGAAUGAUUUAUGUAUGAUUUGGUAGCUAUGAAGGCAUUAAAUUUAUUCAAUUUAUUCAAUUUGUACACUUUUAACUAGCUAGCUAUGCCAUCUAAACAUAUUGUAAUGGUAUGCUUGCACAGAAGUAAUUAUUGCAUUGAACUCAUUUAUUGAAAGUAUAUUUAACUGGAAGAGAGCAUUGUGGGUAACCAGAGACAUAAAACAGGUUUGUAUGAUAGCUGUGGCAUUAAUCAUAAUUUCCUGCCACAAGUCCCGGGCACUGCUCAAAUAUAUUUUGUUGAUGACACACAUAAUCUUUCUGCAAACUCAUGUCAUUAUAUGAGAAUGUGAUACAGUGAAAGGACUGACUUCACCCUGUAAUUAUAAUCUUUUCUCUCUACUAACGGCAGUCUGAUGGCUGAAUAAUUCAACAAUGCUCCAGUCAGUGUGUCAUUUGGCUGGCUAAUGACUUAGAUGUCAUGACAGGUGUUGUCUGGGUGUAGGUAUACUGCACAUCUAUGCAGAAACGUGAUAGAUUAAUUAAUGUUUCAUUAAUGAAUAAAUGAAACCUUUAGAUGACCUUUACCAGUCUAGUGUUUUGUAUAACACCAUAAUAAUCAAUAGUUCCUAAUGUAUGAUGUCAAGUGUUUUUCUAAAGAGUUUUUCAUUGGCAAAUAGUUAAAGUGGUUGCAGUUAGAUUAGUGACAGGAAUCUGCCUCUAGCAUUUCUUAAAUAGGGCUU